AUGACAGGCCCGGGUAGCGUCCUUACAGUGGAGGAGCGGCUCGAAAAAGCUCGGUUGUUAUCACGGGUUAACCAUGAAGUUCUAACGAUGUGCAAGACCGUCGACCAAUUACUCCAUGCGCAGCACACCUCGAAUUUAGCACAGGCGAUUGUAUGCGUCCAAGAGCUGGCCAGAGAGAACUACCCCGUGGUCAUCGCGCUCAAGUGGGUGGUGCUGCUGGUGGACCUGCUGGAAUCGGACGUACCGGACGUGAGGCUGGCGUCGUGUAACGCCAUUGCGGCGGUGUCGAUGGUUCAGGAGGGCCGGGACGUGGUUCGCUCCUCCGGCGGGUUGCGGCCGCUGGUGAUGCUGCUGGCGGAGGGGUCUCGGAGCCCGGUGGCGGCGGCGGCAGCCUGGGCGCUCAUGAACUGCAGCGCGUGCGACACGUGCAAGGCGAGUGUUGUGGUUGUGUGGGUGUUGUGGGAGGCUAUAGCUGAGUGCCGCGGCGUGCCGAUGCUGCUGGGUUUGGUUCGACAGGCCGCAUCUAGAUGCAACCCCGCGGCCGCCAACGGCGGUGGCAGCGGCGCCGGAGGCAGCGGAGGCCUUGGCGGCGGUGGUAACGGGACGCAGGGAAGCAACAGCAACACCGACUCGCUGCGCGGUGGCGGCGGCGGCGGCGGCGGCGGCGGUUCUGGACCCUCCCAGGACCUUCGAAGUCCGGGUGACUGCAAGGCGGCUGUGUACGCCGCCGGGGCGUUGAUGAACCUGGGCGGGGUCAUCAGUGUGCAGGAGCUGCUAGUGGAGGCUGGUGCGGUGCAGGUAUUCGAGGCGGUUAUGCGACUGUCUCUUCCGGGUGAUGUGUUGGCGACCAGGGCCAACUUCAUGUUGAGCUGGCUGGCGGUGGCGACCAGCGCAGUGAUGGGGACGUUAGAGCCGCGACCCUCGGAACUUGACAGCUCUCCUCCCCCUUCUGUCACGCCGCGCACGCUGGCCCCCGCGUCAUCCACCAACAGCUCCUACCCAGCUCACGCUCCCUCCGUACGGCCCUCCGCCACGGGCGGCGGCGGCGGGGGCAGCAGCGUGCAACAGCCGUUGCCCACAAUAGUCCGACCCUCCGCCUCCAGCGGCAUCUCCGGCGCACCGCCACAUCAACCAUCCGUGCUGCGGCCCUUGGCCACCGUCAACGGCAACGGCAGUAGCGGGGGGACCGGCAUCCAACAGCAGUUGCCGUCAGUGCGGCCGUCAGCUGCUGGCUCGCCCGCCGGCGGCGGCGGUGGCGGCGGCGGCGGAGCACAGCAGCCGCUGCUUAACCAUCCGUCCCAAAUCAGGAUACCCUCCAAUUAA